AUUUCCCACGUUACGACAUACGAAAGAGCUGGAAUGGUAAUGAAAUACCAAACAGCGUCGGAAUAACGAUUUCUGUUUCCUGGAAAAGCGAAUAUUCAUCGUUGCGACUUACGACAGCAUCCUUACGUGGAUCGUAACAGUCACGGACUCUAUUCUCUAUAUGCUCGCAUGCACCAACGAGCACAGAUCGUUCUUUAGAUCGCGUUAAGAAUUACACGAGCGUCGAUUGAAAUUGACAUCCAUUUGUCAAGGCCCGUCUAGUCUGUGCUCGACGCUCACCAGGAUUGCAGGGCUCGUUACUGAAAAGCUACUAUUCUAGCGAUCUUGGUGCUUGAUCCAUUUCUCCGUUUACUAUCAAACCCGCGAACAGUGAACAGUGGUGCUUUAGAAAAUAAAGCGGCCGAUCGUCAUUGCGCUAACGCAAGUCAUGUUAGUGAGUUAUACGAGAAUCAAAAUAUUCGAUAGCAGGUUCGUGGAACAUGAAAUCAGCUAAAGUGAGUAGCUGACAAUCGAAUUAUUCGAUGAUUUCAACGGAGUGUUCUGAAAAACGACUAGUCAGUCGCGUUCUCGCGAUUAGAUUAUUGUUUAUCGCGCUGGCGUAGCGAGUUUUUGCUGGAUAAAAGAAGAACCGAGAAAGCACCUGCGUAAAAAAUAACCACCGUACCACCAAAUAUGGCAAAGUAUGCACUGGCUUUGUCGAUUCACAAUGCGUGCGAGUUGCGUGUUGAAGCACAGGGGAAUGUCAGUGCCGUACAAGAGCACCGAGACUUGAACACGACGGCUAUACUUCUGAAAAUUUGCCAGCACCGAGUUCUCGUUCCUAGAGAACGAUAAGAGAUAUUGGGAUGCAAGUUUACGAAGUGGGAUAGUUCGGAAUCCGAGUAUUCGGAGUCUGAGGAGUCAAAUGAGUUAGGGGCCAUCGUAAGCCCCGAUACCUGCGCGAUGGACACUGUGGACAGUACCAGCAAGCGGCAAGCUACUCGUGUCUUCAAGAAGUCCAGCGUCAACGGAAAGAUCGCGGUAUACCUUGGGAAAAGAGAUUUCGUCGAUCACAUAACUCACGUCGAUCCUAUCGACGGGGUCGUGCUGAUUGACCCAGACUACGUGAAGGAUCGCAAGGUCUUUGGCCAUGUUCUAGCCGCGUUCAAGUACGGCAGGGAGGAUCUAGACGUUCUAGGAUUGACGUUUCGCAAAGACCUCUAUUUAGACGCUGAACAAAUCUAUCCGGUGGUACCUGGUGCCAAGCAGAGAAAGCUGACACGGUUGCAGGAGAAGCUGAUUAAGAAAUUAGGAAGCAACGCAUAUCCGUUUUACUUCGAACUUCCGCCUCAUUGUCCUGCAUCAGUGACGCUACAACCAGCGCCCUGCGAAACUGGAAAACCAUGUGGCGUCGACUACGAAUUAAAAGCAUUCGUAGGUGAGACGCUGGACGACAAACCGCAGAAACGAAGCUCGGUGCGACUGGCUAUACGGAAGAUUAUGUACGCGCCGUCGAAACAAGGCGAACAACCUUCCGUCGAGGUGAGCAAAGAGUUCGUUAUGUCGCCGAACAAGCUUCACUUGGAGGCGUCACUGGACAAGGAGUUAUACCAUCACGGUGAGAAUAUUGCCGUGAACGUGCAUAUAGCAAACAGCAGCAACCGGACGGUGAAAAGGAUCAAAGUGUCCGUGAGGCAAUUCGCGGACAUUUGUCUGUUUUCCACCGCGCAGUACAAGUGCACGGUCGCCGAGGCAGAGAGCGAGGAGGGGUGCCUAGUGGGGCCAGGUUUCACGCUGAGCAAAGUGUUCUCUCUGAAACCGCUUCUCGCCAACAACAAAGAUAAAUGGGGGCUUGCCCUCGAUGGCCAGAUCAAAGACGAGGACACCAAUCUGGCGUCCAGCACCCUUGUGGUGGAUCCCUCGCAACGUGAAAACCUUGGAAUUAUCGUCCAGUACAAAGUGAAAGUAAAGCUCUGCCUUGGUCCUCUCGGGGGCGAAUUAGUGGCGGAACUGCCGUUCAUCUUGAUGCAUCCGAAACCGGAAGAAGAGGAACCAGCGCCACCCACUGCACGGCCUAGUCCGACGAAUAAGGCAGAUGGUGGCGAGAUACCGCUUGACACGAAUCUGAUUCAAUUGGACACGGAGGCGGACUGCGACGAUGACAUAAUCUUCGAGGACUUUGCCCGUCUUAGGCUCAAAGGUGAGCCGGAUGCCUGACUACGUGGUUCCAAGUCAAUCUACCUGUUCGAGACGACUAAAUGUCUCAUGGCGGGCAGCAAUCGCCGAAAAAUCGAAAACGUCCGUGAACUUCAUCGUGAAGAUCGACCAUCCUUGCUCUAAAUCCUUGUUAGGAUCGGUCACGGAUAAAGUUUUUCGCAUCGUUGGACAGACCGAUCACUGGAAUAACAUUACCUUUUCUUUCGAUGCUCGACGAAGGAAUUCGUUCGCGAACCGUGUGGUCAGUUCAUCGUAAAUUUCUAUUUGACACGGGAUAACACAUCCGGAAUGGUACUAAUCAUCGCACAGAGAACUAUAUGCACUUCGAGAAACUCAUCAGAGGAACAAGAAAAACUUGAAAUAUUUCCAAUCGAUUACGUCGACAAGAUAAAAAGAGAAGUAUAUCUUUACGUUUUGACACGUUUCGUUUGUAACGAAAAAUGAUAAGGCAUCAAAGACUGAAUGCAUCGUCGAAAAGGUUAUCCCAUAAAACAAUCAUAUUUAUUAGUAGCAAGAGGCGAGUACAUCUUUUUCUUUAAAAAGACUGGGUCCUUGGGACACAGUCUUCGACGAAACUACAAAUACGAUGUUUCUGUAAUUUUAAUCGUAUGGCCAGUAUGUAGAAUUCAUUCUAUCAAUCGCAGAUACCUUUUACACGUACGUUUCUAUGCCAGUCAACAGAAACGUUUGUUUCCGGAUCUCUCGGUGAAGAGAGUUUGGUCAUCUUCGUCGCAGCAAACAUGUAAAUUGUUAUAAACUUCGUUUCCGUAUUAUUAUAUUAAUUUGUUUUAGCGGAAAUCUUUGAAUCCUUGAAAGUAAGAUGCAAGGUAUGUUUUGUUCUAAAAUCAAGUUCUGUUAUAUUCUAUAUCUAAAAAUAAGAGAAAUAGAUUCCUUCCACUAUCUUUUCGAUUCGUACUGUUUGAUACUUUUAAUUUUGAAUUUGUGUUUAAUAACAUUUAUCAAAAAUAAUGGCAAUGUUCGGUUUCUUUUUCCUAUACUAUGUUCAUCUAUACAAUAACGCAUUAUUUAAAAAAAAAAAUACAGCUUCUUGUCGUACAAACAAAUAUAUUGCAGUAAAAAAAUGUAACUUUCAAGAACUAUUAUUCCUCGAUAAACGGUAAAAUUAACCUUUUUCACUUCAAAGCACGUAAUAGUUUUAACUAUAAAAACCUGAGCCAUCGUGGCCUCGAAUAUGUCAAGUGAAUUCUCGUCUCGGGACAUUUCUGAAUCUUUACAACGUUGACCGAGCGAGGAGUAUCUAUCAGACUAUUGCACGUCAACUGAAAAUGCGAAUUAAAUAACAAUAAUCUAUGUGGGAUAAUGUAUUACGUUGAUCGUUAAAUAUAUCUUCGUAUUCGACGUUAUAUACAUAGUUAUUGAAGUUCUUCAAUAGAGAAUGGUUUUUUCGAAUAGUUAAGUCGCUUGGAUUUUUAAUGGAAUCGCAUUGGAUUUCCUUGGAAGACAUCGCAACAAAUUCAACGAAUCCUAUUUAAACGUUACAUAUAAAAAAAAAAGGAAUAUAUAUAAAGAUAGAUAAAUAUACUCACGAACACACGUAUUAUACAUACGUAUACAAACUUUGCAUUACACGCUUAACGGUAAAUUAACCAAGGGUUAAAAAAAAAAAAAAGAGAAUUAAGUAAAUUUCAGCAGUUUAGCUUUUACACGUUUAUACCGACAUCGAGAAAGUAUCGGAUUUUUUGCGACACACUAUUAAUCGUACGAUUUUUCUAUUCCUUUUUUAUGUAUCGAGUUUUUUACCGAAACGAAACAUUCUAGUGCCAUCUUGACUAUUUGGAUUAUACCGUCGAAAAAUUCAUUUCUUUGCGAACAGAUUCAAAUCGAUCCAGUUCGUUACUUGCAUCAUUUACAAAGACUGUUAUGCGAAGUUGAAUCGCCCGUUUCCUUAAUAGGGAGAGUAUCGGUACGAUAUGAGUUUUCUACGUCCCUCUGCGACUUACGUUCACGAUGAAACGGCAAGACGAAUUAUGGAACAGAGUAUAUCGAUGAAUUCCAAGCGCAAUUGAGAGAAAGGGAUCAUUCCAGGUGUAUGUGAUUAAUCUGUAUGCCUUUAGGAACAAAAAAAGCAAAGUAUUAAGUAUUCUCUAAGUGGCAGAUCAAAAUGGACGAAAUUACGAUUGAUUAUCUUCGGAUCCAAUCCUGGUCGGUCGGUUUACUGGUUUCAUUUCGCACUUUAUUCUGAUCUGCGAUUUAGAAAACGCCUUAUAUACAUAUGUUGUAUUAGCACGAUUCAAACAUUAAAGCGUCCGCUGUCAAUUAAUCCUUAUUUUAACCAACGUCGGUAACAAUUUUACGAAGGCACAGCGAGCGCGUUAAUUAAGGACAACUUCUGCGUAUCGAUGAGUGUAAUUUGCAGUUAAUAUAAAAAUCUGUGUCUCGGAUGGAAGAAAUUGUUGGCUUAAAAUUGAAAAGAUCGAGGUAGCAUUCUUGAACGAACGUCCAAUCUUGCAUAAGGUAAGGAAGGAGGGGAAAAAAAAACGAAAAUUUUCUACCGUCACUUUCUGUUUGCGAUAACGAAAUAAAAUGUCAAUUGUACCAAUCGAACGAAAUAGCCGGAACUCUCAAUUCUCUUCGAUUUUUAGCCACAAGAAUCUGGCCAGGGCAACGUUGACCGUGCUAUUGGCCUUUUUAAUCGUGCACAUGUAUAUAUACGCAGGAGGUAAGAAGAAGAAUAGUAUUUUUUAUCGAUUUAGCAUUUACAGAUUGUAUUUAGGAGAGAUUAUCGAUUAUACCAAAGCCAGUAUCUCUCACUUCAAUGUUUUCUUAAGCAAAGAAGCUUUCGGGAGAAUGAAGGAACAAAACGAACAUGAUUAUUCUCUAGUAAUUAACCGAGCAAAACAGCCACGUAAGUAAUUGUAUAUGUCGAGUUAAUGUUUAAAACUAACGUAAGUGAAAGAAACAGCCAUAAGUUUGAGGUCACAUAUUACCGUGGUCUUAUUUCCUUAAAAGUGAGAAAGCCAUUGCACGUUGCAAACUCUUUCUCGAUAAACUUUACUUCUAUUCGACCUCCUAACUUCACACUUUAUGCCACUAAAUUGUAUCUGGCUGUAAUUCGUAAGCAGGCGAAUCUAUCACGAGAAUGUAGCCGUGUUGACCUCAAACUUAUGCACACACAUAGAGAGAAAGAGAGAAAAGAUGAAGAAACGCGGGCUUGUACAAUACGCGCCAGAGUAUAUUUUAUAUUCGCACGCGCUGGUGCGCGCCAAUAUUUUUUGUAUCAUAUUAAAAAAAAAAUAAUCGAAAGGUCGAUCGGUGGAUGAUUCGUAUCCUUGGAACAGCACAAGACGAACGAGAGAUUAUUACCAUACUGCACAAAAACAAUUGCAACACAGGUUGCUCCAGAGUCAAUAAUGGGUGCUGUUUAAGAGCGUGACUUGUCGCUAUCUUAAUGAGUGUGUAGCGUGUCGAGUAUUAAGACGUUUCGAUGUCUUAAAAGAGAACGAAAGCCCAUUAAGCCUUAUAUUUCGCAAAAACGCGAUUUGUAACGAGCUAUUUGUUACUCGUCGCUCUUUUCUUUCUCCUUUUUCGUGUUGGACAAGUCAAGAAGAAGUCGUAAAUCAUCGGACCCUGUCGAUGUCAAUGGAUGUUACAGAUUUCAAACGCUUCCGGUUCGUACAUGAAAACACGAAGACACGAAAUGAAUUGUAUAUUAAGAGUAUCGUACAGUACAUAUGUAUGUACGUGUAACGAUUAGAACUACGCAGGGCAUAAUAGUUAGCUAAGUUAGAAAUGGUUUAAAGUAAGAGGAAAAAAAAAAAAGAAAAAGAAAUAAAAAAGAAUAUCGUCCACGUCCAGGAAUUAUUACGUGUAUGUGUAAUCGCAGUAUUCUACUUUGCGCGUAUAAUGUCGAAACGAAUCGGGUUGUAUAACUUUAUGAGAUAGGACAGAAAUUAUAGUGUUACUGAUACGUGUAAAUUGCGUUUAACUUAUUCAGCAAAGACGAGUUAUUCCCCCUAAUGCACCCGAUAAUUAUUCGUUUUGUAUGCAGAAUGAAGUAUCGCGAGAGAAAGAGACACGAAAGAAGAAUCGUAUUAAGCGGAAAGUAUGUAUAAAAAGAAAAUAAGAGGAACAAAAAUGGAAGAAGAGAAUAAAUAGCGAGAUACGUAAUAUAUUAUAUUGUACAUGUAAAAAUUGUGUAUUCUCAUAUAAUAGUAGUUGUAAUAAUUUAAUAAAUCUUGUAUAUCGCAA